AUUGGUGAGGAAGCCCAGGGCCUGGGGAGCCAGGCCCCGAGCUGGGAAAGCCUUUGGCAUCUCCUACCUUUUGGUUUUUCCCAGAGUGGAGAGGGUCAUGCACACAGUAAGGUGCUCCUGAAACCAGUAACCCACAGAUGGGAGAGAUGCUGGAGGUCAUCUGUGCCCUCUGAGGCCACCAGGCCAUGAACACCUACAGGACAGAUUGUGCCCGGCCACCCUGCCCCUAGUGCCUGUCCAGGGCCUGGCACAGAAUAGGUGCUCAGUAAAUGCUUGCUGGCCUGCGCAGAGCACCAUGUCAUGGCCCAGGGGGCCCUGCGUGCUCCAGGUGAUGGAAAUGCAAUGCAUGGAUAUGUGGGCCUGAGGACACAGCCCCCCCGCCCGUUGGCUAUUCCUGGUCUCCUCGUCCACCAUCCAGCUGCAGUACAGUGUCCUGGAAAGACGACUCCAGCAGACCCAGCCCGAAUCCUGCCUCUGCCACUUCCCAGCCUUGACUUUGGAGCCUCUGUUCCUCAUCUGCCGUGAGAAAGACGCAGCCGCCAGCCCAAGCAGCAGCGGCAUGGGCAGCGCCAGCCCGGGCCUGAGUGGCGUCCCCCCAAGCCGCCUCCUGCUGCCCCCCGACACUGUGCUACGGACUGGCCUGGAGAAGGUGGCAGUAGGGGCAGGGGCAAUGGGGCCCGAGAGACGGGACUGGAGCCCCAGCCCACCUGCCACACCUGAGCAGGGCCUGUCCACCUUCUACCUCUCCUACUUCGACAUGCUGUACUCCGAGGACAGCAGCUGGGUGGCCAAGGGCCCCGGGGCCAGCACUCGGGAAGAGCCGCCCGACGAGCCCGAGCAGUGCCCCGUCAUCGACAGCCAAGCCCCGGGGGGCAGCCUGGACCUGGCGCCGGGUGGGCUGACCCUGGAGGAGCAUUCACUGGAGCAGGUGCAGUCCAUGGUGGUGGGCGAGGUGCUCAAGGACAUCGAGACGGCCUGCAAGCUGCUCAACAUCACGGCAGACCCUGUGGACUGGAGCCCUGGCAACGUGCAGAAGUGGCUCCUGUGGACAGAGCACCAGUACCGGCUGCCCUCCGUGGGCAAGGCCUUCCAGGAGCUGGGGGGUAAAGAGCUGUGUGCCAUGUCGGAGGAGCAGUUCCGCCAGCGCUCGCCCCUGGGCGGGGACGUGCUGCACGCCCACCUGGACAUCUGGAAAUCAGCGGCCUGGAUGAAAGAGAGGACGUCCCUGGGGGCGAUUCACUACUGUGCGUCGACCAGCGAAGAGAGCUGGACGGACAGCGAGGUGGGUUCAUCCUGCUCCGCGCAGCCCAUCCACCUGUGGCAGUUUCUCAAGGAGCUGCUGCUGAAGCCAUACAGCUAUGGCCGCUUCAUCCGGUGGCUCAACAAGGAGAAGGGCAUCUUCAAAAUCGAGGACUCCGCGCAGGUGGCCCGGCUGUGGGGCAUCCGCAAGAACCGCCCCGCCAUGAACUACGACAAGCUGAGCCGCUCCAUCCGCCAGUACUACAAGAAGGGUAUCAUCCGCAAGCCGGAUAUCUCCCAGCGCCUGGUCUACCAGUUCGUGCACCCCAUCUGAGUGCUGCGGCCGGGCCCCGGGCCCGGACCUUGCCCUCGCCAGACCUCCCUCCUGCCUGCCCGCCCUGCCUCAGCCAGACCCGGAGCUGGGCGACAGGGCAGUCUGCUGGCAUCCGGAGUUCAAGGUCAGGGAGGGGAUGGCCCCUCGCUCCACGGGUGUCAGUGAGCUCUCCGGGGCCCGAGGGACCCCGGGGUGGGCGUGCUUUCUCUUUGGGCCUCGCUGCUCCUGCGCCCAGUCCACUGGAGGACGGUGGAAGCCAGGGCUGUUCUCAGUGUUCAUGGCACCCCAGGGAAGGCCCUCCCUCCACCCAGCCUCUGACCCCAGAAGUUCCAGAGCAGAGCCGACAGAACCGCAGUGACUUGGCCAAGGCCACUCGCAGUCCAGUGCCCUCUGCCACCCAUUCUGUACCAUGCCUGGCAUGGUGCAGGGACCUACACCCCCCAAGUUGGGAAGCCAGGGGUGCCCUGGGGAUGGAUAAUAAAGAUACUAGAGAAUUGA